AUGGCAGGACAUGGAGUGGAAGAUGAUCCAAAUUUAAAGGGCCUGAGUCGCUACUUCAAUAGUACCACGAAUAGAGGUCGAGCCAACACAUCUAAAGCAACGUGUGUUGCCUACUCAGAAUUACCGGGUUCGAAUCCCGGUGGGGUAAAUGUUAAUGAAUACGAGCAUUUAAAGUUUAUAUAUGACAUUGACAAAUCGUGUUGUGGUUCUACGAGUUACGAACGGAAUUACAUAAGGCUAAUUAAAAAUUUUAUCAAAAUGGCCGGAGACUCCUCUGCCGAUCCCAACCAACUCAAAGGGCUUUCAAAAUACUUCAACAGUAAAACGGACUUCGGCAGAGCUAACACGGCCAAAGCAACAUAUGCAUUCUUCGGUGCACUAAUAUUAUAUUACACCUUGAAACCAAAAUCCAAGAAUUGA